AUGGAGAAGGAACACCUCAGCGUAGCUGAAGAUGUUCCAAAACAUCAACAUGAGAGAACGGUAAGAACGAUAGAAGCCAUUCAGCGGUCAAAAAUGCGGCUUCUCGUCGGUAUCGUCUUCAGCUGCAUUCUAGCGAUAAUCGCAGGUGGACCUGCAUGGCGGAUCGUCGUUUGCGAUGCAGCCAGCAUCGUAAUCUUCGCUUUCCCCAUCGGUCCACUCUGUCAUUACGUAGAACGCAUGAAGAACGAUAACGACAAAGUCAAUUCCGAUUCCGAAGCCGCCGAUGACGCUCACGAGGUCGCUCAGCCGGGGGUACCAUCUCCACAGUACGUAGCCCGGCUCUUCCUCCUUCGUCAAAUCGAGCAACAUCAGCGGACAGGGCCCCAUCCUCGGAUGGAGGUCGACCCUAGUUCGGGAUCGGUGACAAUUGUAGCUGGUGAGUAG